AUGAUCGAAACUACAGAUUUUGCAUCUAUUGAAGUUGACAAGGAAAAUAUUCAACCAAUACCACAGGGUCGUUCAGCAUUGAAACUGAAGGAAUUAGUGACUGCCGACCAGGACAAACUGAAUGCCACGCUUAUAAAAGAACGAGCAGAAUUUGAGAGUAAGUUGACACCCGAGACACUGGAAGAACUAGAUGAUCCAUUAGAAUUGUAUUUGCAAUAUAUAAAGUGGAUACGAGAAAAUUAUCGAAACGGAAACACAAACGAAUCGUGCUUAAUUCAAGUUUUAGAAAGAGCUACUCAUGAUUUCAAAGAUAAUGACUAUUAUAAAAAUGAAAUAAGAUAUUUUAAGAUCUGGCUAGAAUAUAUUACUUAUAGUGAUCACCCUGGAGAUGUGUUUAAUUAUCUCUUGAAAAAGAAAAUUGGUGCCGAAUUGGCAUUGUUUUAUGAAGAAUACUCGCAGUUUUUCGAAUUGAAUGGUCAAUAUGACAAAGCACAGUCUAUAUUCGAACUGGGAAUUUCAGUCAACGCUAGACCUAGUAAACGUCUAAAAAGGAACUACGAUACUUUUCUGGAAAGAAGAAAGGAGAAAGGGACGACAGUUGCAAGCUACGUAGCGAAGGGCCUGUCGAAUCCAGAUGGUAAAGGUUUAUUAUUGCUAAAUUCUUCAAAAAAGCCAAAAAAGAAAAUGGAACUCUUCAGCGGCUCUAGUCUACAGGAUAAAACCAUCGAUGAUAUAAGUGCUAAAAAUCAUCAAAACUUAGACAAAAUUGAAAACAGUAGGAAAGAGAACAAGCUAGAACCGACAAAAUGGAAAGGACAAACAUUAAAUGUCUCAUCUUCCAAAACAAAAACAACACGUAAAAUGGAAAUAUUUAGGGAUAAGGAUGCGCAAUAUCCAAUUACCAAGAAAGUCCCACAUGCGGAUGGGAAACGUUAUGAGACCCAUGAUUUUAACUUAGAUCUUUUCAUGCCGACAGCAAAGUCGAAUAGUGCAAUAAAAUCGGAAUCAUUUUCCAUGUUUGAAGUGUUACUUAAAUUUUACAACAUAAAGCCAGUUUCUGUGGAAAACAAAAGUGAAUUUACUAAACGUUCUUCUUCUACUGCUUUUGAAACCCCACUUAAUAAAAGAGUUAAGAACACAUGUGUGGAUCAGUCACCCAAUGUACAAGACACUCCCCUAUUGGAAUAUUUCAAGAGCUCGAAAGGUAUAUUUUCGAUGAUGGACGAAGACAAAAGUGCUGUGACAGAAGGAAAGGACAACUUUGAAAAGGAAGUAGUUGGACGCAAGACCACUUUCGGUGACAUUCCUCGAACAGAAGAAAAGAAUGAACUGAUUGAUGCUAUAAUUGGUGGUGCUUUUAGUGAUAUAUUUACAGAUAAUACACUCACAAAAACCACAGAAAAAGAGCUUUUGAAGACCCCCAUCAAAGAAUCAUCAAUGAAAACAUCACUAGAAAAAACUGAAACUCAAAAUAAUGAUGAUCUGACGAGCUCCCCAUUUGUAGAGAAUCCAGAUGAUUCUGGCUUUGAACUAGCAAAAUCAACAAUAAUAGAGAACACGGUCGUGAACCCAUACGAUAGAGCGCUUAGAAAGGAGCUGGAAACAAAGAUAGCCUCAAAGCUUUUCAGAAAUGUAAAUUUCAACAACUUUUCAAAUAAAAAAAUUCGCAAGCUACAAUGUUUUAAAAGUAUUUUCCAGCCUAAGGCGCCUGCAAUCUAUGGAAAUAAACAAGCCUUAAUAGAGCUCAACAAUGUCACUUUUUGUAUAACGCGAGAGCUAGGAAGCGGAGAUUUAUCACACAUCUAUUUAAGUGAAUCCCUAGAUGGUAAACUAAUUGCCAUGAAGGUCACAAGCCCUCCUGAGAUUUGGGAACCAUAUAUUAUUUCAGCUAUCAACCUCAGAUCUAGGGAUUUUAUCAAAAUUGAAGCAUUCAAUAUGUAUGAGGAUGAAUCCUAUCUUCUCAUACCAUAUUAUGAACAGGGAAGCUUAUCUGAUAUGAUGAAAUGUUUAUCUAGAUAUAAUUACCUGACAGGAAAGAAUUUCAUUGAAGAAACACUCAUCAUUUAUUUGAGUAUUCAACUACUUUCCAAUGUGAUAAAGUUACACAAACUCCAAAUAGUUCAUUGUGACUUGAAACUUGAAAAAUGCAUGCUUAAUAUCCAACGUUCAUCGAUUAAACCAACUUUUAAUGACCUAGUUUUAACGGGCUAUGAAAAAUCAAUUGACUUGACAUUGUUCCCCAUAGACACCAAGUUCAAUUGUGAGAGCAUGAAUAUUUCAGGGCAAAAUUUGUCAGAAAUUGUUGACAGUACUAACUGGAGGUAUGAACCUGAUUAUAUCGGGGUGGCAAAUAUUAUACACUAUUUGCUGUUUGGAAAUACCUUGAAACUCCGUAAGCAAGGUCCUCAUUUCCGGCUGGUCGAACCACUCAAGAAAUAUUGGCAACAAGACCUUUGGAAUGAGUUGUUUGACGUGCUUAUCAAUCCUAAGAUACACGGUCCUCCAGAAAGUAUCAUCUUAGAACUUGAGAGGCUCAAAGCCAAAUUUCAGAACUGGUUUAAUUUAACGGUUGAUAAACGUCUGUUUAUGAAUAAAUUACGUGAUAUAUGUGGUAUUUUGGAAACUCGUUUCAAAACGAAAUGA